CUCCAGUGGCAUUCAUCAAUGUUUACGCUGGUACAGUGUUUCCUACACCUGCUGGUUUGAUCGAUUGCUGUUUUAACUGUGUUAGGGUUAACCCUAAUUGGUGUUUGGUCAUCGUAAGAAUCUUUUCUUAUGAGCUUUCGGGCGGGUUUUCUGACCUUUCUGUGGGUAUGCAGCAUGUCUGUGUUUAUAAAAGUUAGACGUGGCUUUAUGCUACGUGCUACAAUGGCCGUAACCUUGACCUCACUGUAUUCGCUACAACAUUUUACUAGCACAGUAAAUCAUGGUCCAGCAGUAAAUUCAGUGAAGAUCAAACGUCCAGCAGAAGAACCUUGAAUUCUGUGUUUGUAGAGGUAAAGCGUUUGGUCAUCAGUCGAGUCUGAGUAUCUGAUUUUCUUUGCCUCAUCUGGGGAAAAAACACACCAGUGUCCUGUAUUUCCACACUGAACCACAGCUUCCUCUCAUCUACGAUUCUCUGCUCUCACUUCAUUUUCCACCACUUCUCACUCGACUGAUUUUGAUUUCGUUGCUGAUUAAUAAUCCAAUGGCAAAAAUAAGCAGCAAACAUUCCGAUCCAAUGCAAAUGUGUGAAGGGAACGCGAAUGAACGCCAUCUACAAACUUUCAGCUAUUGACAAAGAAGCUCAAAAUGCAGUAGAAGAGGAAGUCUUACACUUCCUCUUCUACGGAGAGUUUAUAUUUCUCUAUUGCACAGAACCACAGUCAGAGCUCCUGAGAGGAAAACAGAGGCACGAUGAGGGAAAUCAAGUGGAUUAAGACCUUGUUCUUUCUGACACUGGAGCUUCACUUUACAGUAGAGACCUUUGGACCACUGAUCUUGAUUAUUAAGGAGGGAGAUGAAGCUACGUUGCCGUGUGGAAAUAUGAAGCUCACUCGGGAUAAAUGUGGCAGCAUUAACUGGGUUCAUACUCGUCCUGGGAUAGCAACAUUUGAUCUGGUGGAAAAUGGGAAGCUUCGGGAAGAUCAGUCGCACAGACUGAGUGUCACAGAGCACUGUUCUCUGGUUAUAAAGAAAGUCACAACUGCAGACAGGGGUCGCUACGACUGUCAGCGGAUCACACCACCCAUUGAUGCUCUGGUUUAUCUGUCUGCUGUCAAAUUGACUGAACAAAAGGACGAGGAUAAGGUGAUCUUGUCCUGCUCUGUGUCAAGUCAUGAGUUAAACCCCACAGUGAACUGCCGGCCCGUGAAUGGUACAAACACGAGGGGAUCGCAGGAGGAAUGUUCCACCACAUUUUCUACCUCUUAUCUCGAGCGGAACCCAAACUAUCGGGAGUCCUUCAUCUGUGAAGUGACGAACGGUUACAGUGGAGACGUGCAGACGUUCACCUUCAGCUCUUCGUCCUCAGUUGAGUACCCACCAACUCCAACUCCAACAGCUGAGAUCAUCAGCAGCUCAAACACCAAUGUACCGAUGUCUGGUCAAACACCACAAACUAGUUUGUGGUGGUACAUUGGUGUGGCUGUGGGCGGGGCUGGUGUGGCUGUGGGCGGGGCUUCACUCUUACUGGCUGUUAUGGCAGCUGUCAGGUGGAAGAGAAAUGAAGGCAAGACACAGACCAAUGGAAACGCUCAGGGACAGAGAUUAAAACCUACGGAGACUCAGUCCAGUCCAAACACAAGUCACGACAUGGCUGAUCCUGAGGAGGGAGUUUCCUACGCCUCUGUCAGCUACAUCAAGAGAAGCAACGGUAAAGCCGGGGUUCAAGUAAAGGCUGCUGAUGAUGAUGAUGAGGAGGAGGAAGGUGCUGCAGUGACAUACAGCACCGUGAACGUGCGACGUUAACUCAUUUAUUUUUAAGUUAUUUACUAUUUUUAUGCUUCUAUUUAAGGUUAU